CUGAACAACUGUUCAUACAAUAUAGGACUAGAAAAUGAUUGAUUUAUUUCGGUUUUUCGUUUCUCAGAUUAUUCAAUAAACACUUUCUAUAGGAAAUAAGAAAAGGGGGCAGAAGGUGCAGGAGAUGAGAAAUGCCUGGUAUUCCAUAGUAAAUAAGAAUUAAAAAUAGAAAGAAGUAGUAUGUAAUUAAAGUAAGAUGUGGAGAAGAUUGGCAAAGAAAGGAAAGAAGAAAACGUUAUUUUAUUAGUUUUUUUAUGUUAUAAAUAAUGGGCGGUGUUUGAGGGACGAUUUUCAAUUUCAUUAUUUAACAUAUUAUUAUAAAAGUUGAUAAAAAGCUAUUGCGAACAGUUUCGUUUAUCACUCAUUCUUAAACCCAAGUCCCUGCUCCAUACUCUACAAUGUCGGAAGCGAAUUUUAUAAGAUUAAGGAAUUUAUUGAACGAUAAGGAAUCCGUAGAUGUGUUGCAUAAGACAGCCUCAGAGGCCAGAGCUGUUGUUUGCACUGAAAAACAUUGUCUAGGAUCGGUUUUACAAGGAGCAAAGAAAACGAAUAACGAUCAAUUUAAGACUAAUGAACAAAUUAAGUAUGAAGCCGAACUAUUUCUUACUGAAUAUUAUUCUUCUAUUAAGAGAAGGCACUCUGAAACUUUCGAACGUCGAAAGGCUCAAGUCCUACUUGAAAUUGAAAGACAAGAGGGCGUCUAUGAACUGACAACUCCAGAGUUAGUGUUUGGAGCUAAAACCGCCUGGAGGAAUUCAUCAAGGUGUAUUGGACGAAUUCAAUGGUCAAAAUUGCAGAUAUUCGAUGCAAGGCACAUAAGAACAGCGUCUGAAAUGUUUGAAGCCCUGUGCAAUCAUAUUAAUUAUGCCACAAAUAAGGGUCAAAUUCGUUCUGCAAUUACGAUUUUUCCCCCGAGGAGAAAAGGUAGGGGAGAUUUUCGAGUUUGGAAUGCUCUUCUUAUUAGAUAUGCUGGAUAUAAGCAGAAAGAUGGUUCAAUAAUUGGAGACCCCUCCAGUGUAGAAUUUACACAGCUGUGUCAGAAGUUAGGCUGGAAAGGCAACGGUGGACAUUUUGAUGUUCUUCCCCUAGUUGUAUCAGCUAAUGGUAAAGAUCCAGAAUGGUUUAACAUACCAUCAGAAUUGGUCUUGGAGGUUAACUUUAAGCAUCCGGAAUAUGAUUGGUUUGAAAAAUUAGAUUUAAAGUGGUACGCUUUACCCGCUGUCUCUAAUAUGCUUUUCGAUUGCGGUGGAAUAGAAUUCCCUGCUUGUCCAUUUAAUGGUUGGUACAUGUCGACAGAGAUUGGAUGUAGGAAUUUAUGUGAUCCAAACCGGUAUAAUUUAACCGAAACAAUAGCUUCCCAUAUGAAAUUGGAUACGACUAGUCAAGUAACUCUUUGGAGAGACAGAGCUAUGCUUGAGGUAAACAAAGCUGUUUUAUACAGCUUUCAGAAGGUAAAUGCAACAAUUGUCGAUCAUCAUACGGCUUCCGAAAGCUUUAUGAAACAUUUAGAAAACGAGCAAAAAUAUAGAGGAGGGUGUCCUACGGAUUGGGUAUGGGUUGUUCCCCCUCUUUCUUCGUCGUUAACUUCCAUUUUUCACCAAGAAACUGUCAACUAUUCCCUUAAACCGUCUUACGAAUAUCAAUUGGAUGCUUGGAAAACUUUUGAAUGGAACAAACAAAGUCAUAAUGACAAGAAAAAGAAGACUUUCAAGGAGAUUGCGAAAGCAGUUAAGUUUAGCGCUAAGCUCAUGGGUAACGCCUUAUCGAAGCGUAUCAAAUGCACCAUUCUUUUCGCUAGCGAAACAGGGCGAAGUGAACGAUUCGCUGGUCUUUUAGGCGAUUUAUUUAAAACUAUAUUUGACGUCAAGUUCAUUUGCAUGGAUGAUUACGAUACAAGUAAUAUGGAGCACGAAACUUUGCUAUUCGUUAUAACGAGUACAUCCGGUAACGGAGAUCCUCCGGAAAACGGACGGAAGUUUGCAGAAUUCCUAUACGAAAAAAAGAGAGAGUUCUUCGCCGAACCACUAUCUACCAAGCGUUCCUCCUUCCUUAGAAUGGAUAGCGAAGAAGCCCGAAAUCAGAACGAAGAACGAGUCAGACCGUUUAGUAAUAUAAGUUUUUCGGUAUUUGGUCUAGGGUCGAGCGCCUACCCAAAGUUCUGCAACUAUGCUAAAUAUAUUCAUCGCCUCUUCCGAGAACUUGGAGCCGAAGAAGUCCUCGAGCUGGUUUUGGGAGAUGAGUUAGGUGGUCAAGAAAAAGAAUUCGGUAUUUGGGCUAAAAGAGCAUUUAGAACCGCCUGCCGAACGUUCUAUUCAGCCGACGAAGCCAACAUAUCUGAUGCAUUUACUCAAAAUUGGUCAAAAUCCAGAUCCAGAUUACGUAAAUUAGACAUAUCUGAACCAAUUUCGAUAAAAGAUGGUCUUAGCUAUAUAAGUAGAAAGACGAUAGUGCGUUGUAAAUUGAUGAAUAGAACGCAAUUACAGCAUAAGGAUUCCGGGAGACAGACUAUACUAAUCGAAUUGGACUCAACUGAAAAUCCCGCAGAAGCAGUUUAUCAACCUGGAGAUCAUAUCGCCAUCUAUCCCGAAAAUAGUCCGGAAGCUGUGUCCCAGGUCCUCGAAUUUGUUAAAUGCGACGGGGAUUUUUCUGCCGACGAUGUAAUACAAAUGGAAAGAUUUGAAGAGGAAGAAUCUAAAAAAUGGGUACCAGAUGAGCGCUUCCCUAUUAAUUUCACUCUAAGAAUAGCACUUCAGAGGUACAUGGAUAUUUCGAGUCCGCCUUCUCAAUUAAUGCUUAAGCAGUUAGCCGGAUUGUCCAAGGAUGAGAAGGAUCAGAACUAUUUAAUAGAAUUGUCAGAGGAUGAGAGAAAAUAUGAAGAAUGGAAAUACACGUUUUGUCAAACUCUACCUUUGCUUCUUAAACAAUGUCCUUCUGUUAAGCUUCCUCCAAUAGUUUUGCUUACCCAACUGCCUUUCCUUCAGCCUAGAUUUUACAGCAUAUCAUCAUCUCCCUUGUCAUCCCCGACUAGAAUUGAUUGCACUAUUGCUGUAGUUGAUUACCAAUUACCUAACGGUGGUCUUCGCAAAGGUGUCUGCUCCAAUUGGUUAAAUACUCUCCCAUUAGGUUCUUCCAUACCCUGUUAUGUUAGAGCGGAACCUAAUUUUCGCUUACCAGAUAACCCUAAAUUACCUAUAAUCGUAGUGGGCCCUGGAACUGGUUUAGCUCCAUUUAGGUCAUUCUGGAGAGAAAGGCUUUAUAAUAUGAAAAGUGGUCGAAUGGAGAUGGGCGAAAUGCACCUGUAUUUCGGCUGCAGACGAAAAGAAUACGAUUAUAUUUACAGGGAAGAAUUGGAAAGAUGCCAUGACCUAGGUGUGCUUAAUAGUUUAAGGGUAGCUUUUAGCAGGGAACCUAACCAACCCAAGGUACUUAAACUUUUGAUUCUAUUAUAUCUAUUUUCUUUCUUUUUUACCAGUUUCCUUUUAAUUUCCUUAUCAUAUUCUCUCUUUCAGACAUACGUACAAGAUCUACUUGAAAGGGAUGGAAAAUCACUCUAUGAACUUCUUACGAAACAUAACGCCCAUUUUUACGUGUGCGGUGACGUAUCUAUGGCUGCAAACGUUUCAACUACUUUACAAAUUAUAUUGAAAAAAGUAGGCGGUAUGAGUAAUGAUGAAGCUUCAAAUUUUCUUCUCGAGAUUGGAGAUUCCAAUAGAUUUCAUCAAGAUAUUUUUGGACUGACAUUUAAAGCUGGUGAAAUAACGGAAAAAGUUAGAAUGAAUAAAUUGAAGAGCAUGGAAAAACUAUAAUGCUAACACAACUUAUAUACUAUAUAUAUACAUAUAUAUAUAUAUAUAUAUAUA